AUGGUAGCAUCAGAGAUCAUCUUCUGCUUUAAGGAAGGUCCAGGUGGUUCCUUCAGCAUUGGAAAAGACCUUCCAGAGGCAGUUUCCAAGACGAUAUCACGCCAAGGUGCCCUUUCAAUUCGGACCUUCAGAGCAGCCGAUACACUUAUCUCCGUGGCACAAAUAUGCCUAGAAUACAAAUAUAGCAAUACGGUUGAUCGUCUUGUUCGUUCAAGCGAACCGUGCUACAUGUCAAUUGGCCGGUGGCCUUUGCCCAAGGAAAAAUUUAUCAUCUACUGUUCCGAGGAAGACACUUGCUAUGACGAACAAGGCCAUAUUGCGUAUGGCAAGUAUUGGUUGCAUUACAAGGGUCAAAAGUUUGUCUAUGAAGUCCCACUGACACCGCUUUUAAAUUCCUUGCAGUCUUUGAACCAGCUGCAGCUCACAUAUAAAUUAAGAGACCUAGGUUUUGAGGUCUUGCCUAUUCUUAUGCCAUGUGAGGGCUGGGGUCCAAUCCCUCAGACUUUGGUUCAACCAGGUACCCAGUUUUGUGAUUACAUCCGGCUAUUAAUCACAUGUAAGCGAUUUGGGAAGUUAGCCCGCAUGACUGUUGAGGCAUUCAUCACUGCCGUCGACAUCAAGAUUUGGGAGCUAACAACAUCUAUAAAGUUUUCAAAAACAGAGGGCAUUUCAUUUGACAAUCAUGUAUACCACAAGAAGGUUCUACAAAAGAAUUGCUUAUGUGAAUGGAGUAAACCGCUUGCGCAAGCCCUUUCUGGUGCUGUCAACCAUGUAAGGCUACCCGAUUCGUUGUAUGAUUUCACUAUUCCACAGCUCGGACCUACAUUCUUUGCUAGUCAGUCCAUGAGAAGCUAUGCCGUUCAGAUUGGGAUUCAUCUUCAAAUUAAUGGCACUCCAGUUUAUGUGACCGACAGCAUAGAGAUCAUAGUGGUGGCACCAAAAUCUACCCGUGAAGGAUGCGACCAAACUGAUUCAAUACUUGGGGGCUAUGAGAAGCCUACCUUCAACGCAGUAGAUAUCCAGUAUCUACCAGAGCGGGAAUACGACCUGUUUGCUAAUGCUCGAGCUGUGUUUGAAAAGGCAUGCCAGGCCAAGCACCAAUAUAUGACACACAUGACUUCUACAUCACAGGCCAAAAAUGGGACGUUUAUGGUUUCAGUUAUAGACAUGUUAGUCUCAAAAAAUUUGGAUGAAGUGGAUCAGAAGUCCCUCUCACUCGUCAUCCUGAAAUAUGGACUAGACGGUUUUGGGCGUUAUUCAACUGUGCCAACCGAACAAGCCAGUGUUGUUUGUGAGGUGACAUUGACAAAUAGAUGGGGUCCUUACUACGAUAAUGGGCUCUUAAGAACCCGUGGGAAGCUCUUUUUAAGACUCAAUUCAAAAGGGUUUGAUUUUGUGUUUCCUCCACGUCUUCUUGGGCAUUCACUCACAUCGAAUACAGCAGCAGUGUGCCCCCAGAAAGACAUCGAAGGCUGGCUUUUAAGAGCUCUGCGGCAGUUUCACUAUCAAUUCGACGACCGCUUAGGAUACAUUCUUGUCCCUGGGAUGAAACUUUUCAAAGCUUUUGAUAUAUGGCUUCAUUUUAAUACCAUCCCAGACACGCCUUACUCUUGGGAUUGCAUCAACAAGAACCCUGUCAGUGUACUUGUUCAGAUUGAAGAACUUGUCACAGGAAGUCCAUCAAACUUUCCCGCUUCUAGACGCCUAACGCAAACUCUCAUUGACAAGAUUUACGGCGGAAAAGGUUCGGAGGAGUGCUGGAUUUGGCCUGAUUCAGAUUCUAAUACGUGUAAGAUUUUGUCUCCUUUCCUUGACUGCCAAAUACCCGACUUGGGACCAACGUUUUUUACUAACGAGGUUUCGAGGACGUACAAGCUAUUCUGCCAUUUUGAGUUUGCAGUGAAUCUGGGACGUACUAUAGAGUUAUCGAUCAUCUUACCAAUUGCAAUUGCCGUCGACAACUGUGGCGUCGAGAAAUCUGUUCCUCCUCCUCAAUACCUGGCUGAAGCAAGCUCGGAAUGCUCGCUUCCAAGCAAGAAUUAA